CAUGUCAAAUCCGCCGGUUUCGAAGGAAAGUUCGGUUUCGUCCGACUUCUCAGAUAUUGUUCAACACAAGAAUAAAAGAAACGCUUUCAAGAAUGGAGCUGCGGCCAUUCUCUACGCUUCGAACGGUAAGGCCAUACCAGUUUCGGCCUCUCCCAACGAACCGGCCAAUGGAAGCGAUCAAGAGAUGCCUCUGCUCAUGUAUCAGACGUGGUUCGACGCAAUAGAAAAGGACGAUCUUGAAAGUGCAAAGCGAAUUCUAACCGGUGUUCGAACCGAAGUGGAUAUAAUGCUCAACGGCAAAUUCGAAUUUCACUAUUUUACCAACAGUUCAAAGAAUAAAAUCUGGAAGCAAAAGAAUAAAACUCUACCCUGCUUUUUCCAACGUCCAGUAGUUUUGGCGGCAGUUUUCAGAUCGAAGGAAGUACUGAAAUUCAUAUUGAAUCAGGGGGCAGAUAUCUAUUUGAACGACGGUGGCGAUAACAACAUUAUACACGCAAUUGUUUGGGGUGCGGCUCUUCAACCGGAAUACGAGAACGAAUACAAGAAAAUCUAUCGUAUGAUAACUGAUUCUCUAUCGAGACAGGAGCAGAAAUCAUUGCUAAUGAGGGAGAACGCCGACGGUCUUAGACCGUUAGAGUUAGCGGCCAGAUUAACAACUUUCUAUCUGUUCAUAGCGAUAUUCAAUACGGAAGGCGUUUACGUUCACAAUAAAGGCAGACUGGGAGCGUACGUUUGUAAAUGGUACGACGUAACAGACUACGAGAGUAUCGACAGUAAAAGUAGACGAAAUAGAUCUCCCUUGAGGAUAUUUACUUUUAUCGAAAAGGAAAGACUGCAAAAUGCAUCUACGAGAGAAAUUAUGCUCAAUAAUAAGGCCAUAUCCAAAUGGAUAGAUAUUAAAAUCCAGAGUAAUACUUUGCACUUGAUUUUUUGGUUCUUGGCUCGUGUCUCUUAUACAAUGCUCUUCUUGGUCUACGCCAAUAGCAACUACGAAGAGUCGGAUAGUAGGUCUGCUAUGAGAUCUGUUUCGACUCUAUCGUCGUCGUCAAUUAUGCUCAACAUGCUCGAACUAACCGAUUUGAAAAUUGACAAUCUUACGGACGUCGCUAUCCUUCACGUUGCCUACGUCAUCAUUGUACCAAUUCUUUUGGUUAACUUUCUUAUAGCUUUGAUGAGUAAUUCUGUAUCGGAGGUGGCCGAAAAUCGUUAUUUAAUUAUGGCAUUACAGCGUUUAAACGCCGCUCUACAGGUAGAGAGUCGUUUUGGUAUGCACAUAUCAGUCUUGUAUAAGAGUAUUCAAGACAAACUUUUAGUUACCGCCGAAGGUCGAGUCUACGUAGAAUGUUUUGCCUUGAAGGAAGAUGAACAAUAA